UUUGGGAGGAAAGCACGUCUCUCUCCCUUAACCCCAACAUCUCCACUCUUGUCCAUCUGGAUGUGACUGCCUUUUAAAGACUUUUCAUUCAACCAUUUCAAAAUUACUUUAAAAAAAUCUUGUUCACUAUAACAUAUGGGAAAAACAUUCCCUUUCAUGAUGUUUAACUAGUGUGUAUUGUGUGCGUCAUGGUACAAAAACUAAAGAAAAAUGGCAAAAAGAAGAAAUCUGAUCAAUAACUCUUAACUAUUGUUCCUCAUCAUAUUAUUGUUUCUUAACUGUAAAAUAACUUUAAUUAAUUUCAUUAAGCAUUUAUCAACUUUCGCUUACCAUUUAUAAAUGACUGUCUUCAUAGUAUGUUACUCAAAUGUGUUCAGACAUUUGACAAAAGUUGAAACAAGGAAAACAAGAGGUGACCACGCUUUUGAAGUGAUGGCUCCAACACUGUGGAACAAUUUACCUGCUGAUCUUCGUUCAGCUGUUUCCAUUGUCACUUUUAAAAAGCUUUUAAAGACUUACUUAUUUAAACAGGCCUUUACCCUACCCGGUUUUAACCAAUGCUCUAUUUAUGCCAUUGUUUUUUUAUUGUUCUUUGAUUUUACUUGAUGUUUAUGAUUGUAUUUUGAUCUUUUUACUGUGAAGCACUUUGUGAAUCUUUUCUAUGAAAGGUGCUGAACUAAAUCAAUCUGACUUACUUAUUUACAAGCACCAGGUCAGACACACUGCCCCAGAAACAGACUGCUUUACUGCUUUCAUUCCUUUGUAGAUGAGUUUUGGCUGGAUGGUAGUACUAUAGUGCCACCUGCUGGAUAUUCACGUACACUACACUGUGUGGUUCUCGGCUUUAUUGUCAUGUUAUUUGAACAAGCCGUUGCUAAAUCAUUUUCACGCACAUCUGUUGCCCACAAAGUAGGGGUCUCUUGGUGAGCUGUUCUGUCCCCUAAUUUUUUUUUUUUUUUCAAUUUUUUUUAUAUUUUUAAUAUUUGCUCAUACGAAGUCUCGAUCUAAUACUUGUAUUUGUCUGCAUAACAGGGCAAAAAACUGCUUUUAAAAUUAUUAACAGGGAGAUUUAAUUUACACUCUAAAUAUUAUUCUAUUCUAUAUAAAGUCCUGGUUUACGUACGACUUUAUUCUCGUAAGUAAUGACUUUAAUCUCGAGGUCUUUUUUUUUCUUAAUGUGGCCCUAAAACUCUGUCAUACUGGUAAGUGGUCCAAAUGAAAAUACAUAAAUAAAUUAAAAUAUAUAUAUUUAAAAAAGUAAUAAUAAUCCAGUGACGUCAGCGCACCUGACUCCAUGAGCGAACCCGGAAGUGUGUUUCUCCGUUGACCAGCGUCCUCAGCCUCAGCUCAUUUCGUAUGCCAGUGGAAGACAUGGGGGCUGUGUUUCACAGCGAUCACUGACAGUGGUUACAGCUGAGAGAGACCUCUUACAUCAACAUCAUAACACAGAAAGCCUCCAAUAUACCAAGGUUAGUCGCUGAAUAGUUUCGGUGUUUUAAUCAAAGGCUCUCACGGUCCUCUCUGUCUACUUGCGCAAUAUUGGCUAGUUAGCUUGAAGAGGUAGCUACCGUGAGCUGUUUGUGUGGAAAAUGGAUUAAUUCCUGCGAUGUUAUCAGGCUGGCAGAGCUUAAGGGAUAGAUAAGGAGUUAAAAAAAGGUUUGAGAGAGUCUCUGGUGAUUUGUACCUGUGGUGUCACAUCUCUGUGCUCGUCCUGAAGUGUACGCACAGGCUAAACAAGAGCAUCAAAUGGGCUAACAUCCAGACAUUUCUCAUUCGCUUCAACACAUUUAUUCCUUUUAAACGUUCAUAUUUCGUGCUGAAACUCAUUCUCACCUCAUGAUAAUAGCUUUUCAUAUCAGUCCUGUGUUGUUAAGCUGUUAUUAAUGACAUACCCAGUGAAAUAAUGACGGUGAACUCAUGUUAGCAGCUGUGCUAGGGAGGCUGUGAACAGGUGAAUGUUUACCUGUGAACCCCUGGACACGAGCCAUCCUCGAGCUGCUGCUGCUGCUGCUGCUGACGACACACAAAGGGUCGACCAGUGUUAGUUUGUCUUGGCAUGAUGGUUAUAUCUGUCAAUAGAUCUGGAAUUUUUGAAAGUAAAUUCAACACACAACACCUCAAGGGAGCAAUACUCUCAUCAAAAUCUCACAAAGACAAAUGUAAUUCUGAUCAGGUAUUAAUGAAAGAAAAGAAAAGUUACAUCUUAGAAUACGUUAAUAACAGUUCUAACUUCACAUGUAUUGAUGUGUUAGAGAUGGUAAUGGUGGGUCUCAAUUAGAGUAAUGUAAUACCUCUGACUGAGUAGGGCUGGGUGAUAAAACUAUCAUAGCGACUGCUUUCCUUCAACAACAAAAAAAGGCCGCUGGGGUUUAGGUUUGCUUGCAUCUGUGACUCGCUUGAAUGAUCAGUCCGGUUUGAGUGUUAAAAAAAUGAUUUAUUGUUCAAAAAAGGAAAGAAAACACACUGAUCCAACUUUCAACUGAUAAGGUGAUAUGAUGAAAUGAGGUUAAAACAGGAUGAAUGAAUGAAGCAGUGAAAAACGGUCAACAGAAAAUUAUCAGCGCUUACUAAACCCAUUGUCUGACUACAUUUGUGAGAUUUAAAUAACCUGCCAAACAUCCUACAACUACAUCCCUCAGUGACAAUCCCAGAAGUGACGUGCCUACAGAAAAAAAACUUUCAACAAAUAUACUUUGGCUCCUACAAUGAUAACGAUUUAAAUCGAAAGUUAAUUUCCCUCAAUUUUAAUAUAAUUGAAAGCUGGUAUCUUGCAUUCCGCCAUGUUUUGGUAGACUAUACGAAUAGCCAAUGAAAAGUUGCUCUGGGUCCGCUUCACGCUGAACCAAUCAUGUGCUGAAUUAGAACCAAGUAUCAAACAACUGCGUAGUAGCAGGCUGCAGCUACACGCAACCAUAGCACUUAAACAUGUGAAGCCGAUAGCACUGUCAGUGAGAAUAAAAGAAAAUGAGUGCUACCCCCGGCAGAAAUGCAGAUGAAGGCUCAACAGAUGAUGACAUUGUUGACAACACUGGCACGAAAACAUCAGUGGUGUGGAGGUAUUUUGGUUUUCUGAGGCCAGACAUAAAGCAGAGUAAUGUGCACUGUAAAUUAUGUUGAGUACAUGUUCCCGCAAAGUUGCAAAAGUUUACAAACCCCGCUUUCUCUAGCGCAACGCCUUAUGACAAAACGUCAAAGAGACACAAAGACCUCACAGAUGCAGUAACUUAUUGUAUUGCGAAAGACAAGCUACCAAUAAGCACUGUUAAAUCUCAUUUUUUAUGUCGUGAUAUCGAUAUUGACUCAUAUGAAAAAAAUAUAUCGUGAUAAACUUUUUCACAUAUUGCCCAGCCCAACCUCUGAGUUGCCAUUUUAUAAUAGCACGUCUUCACCUUGUGUAACAGCAUUUACAUUAAAAAUAUCAUGUCUAUUUUAAAUAUGAUGCCAGCAACAUGUUUCAAAGAAGUUUAAACAGCAGCAUAUUAUUUACCAUGCUGUAUGUUGCAUCACCUCUCCUGGACUGCAGACAGACCAGUUGAGCACCUGAUCCGCUCUGUAGCCAUGCUGUUGAACUACAUGCCGAAUGUGGUUUGGUAUUGUCCUGCUGAAUAAUACAGGGUUUCCCCUUUAAAAGCAUUGUCAGGGUGGCAGCAUAUGUUACUCCAAAACCUUUAAACAGAUUAUGGUCAGCAUUAAUUGCGCCUCUUCAGAUGAUCAAGCUACCCAUGCCAUGGACACUGGUGCCAUCAGGAAUGCUGGGAUUUGAACAGUGAGCUUAUAACAAGCAGGGUGUUCCCCUUCCUAAUCAGAAAACAGAAUUCAGCAAAACCAAUGUCAGCUUUGAACGCGUUAGGUCACAGGACAGUUUUCCACUUUGCAUUAGUCCAUCUUGAAUGGCUUUGAGUCCAGAGAGGUAGGAAGUGUUUCUGGGUCAUAUUUGUAAAUGGUUUCCUCUUUGCAUGGUACAGUUUAAACCUGCAUUUGUGGACGCAAGAAUAGUCUGCGUUCAUAGGCAGGAGUUUUGAGAAGUGACUUUGAGCCUAUUCUGUGAGUACCAUGGCCAUCCAUUACUGGUUUUGGCCUUGUUUCCUUUGUAUGGAAGUUUUACAGAGUAUUAGAUUGUUUUACAUUGUAGAUGCUAAAUUCCACAGAUUUAUGUAAUUUUAGUUUACAAUAGCAAUCUGAAAUUUGAAGAACUAUAAGCUCUCACAGUCUCUCACAGAGUGGCAGACCCCUUCCCAUCUUUACCUCUGAGGGAUUCAACCUCUUUGCAAACAUAUCCUAUUAGAUAAAUGAUGCUGAGAGGUGUUUUUUUUAAGCAUUAUGUAACUUUUUUCAGCGUUUUCCUGUUCCAAACACUUUUCAAUCCAGUUGGUGGCAUUGAAUACAAAACUUGCACAUGUUUAUAAUGAGUUUUUAUGUUUGAUAUAUCAUCUAGACAGAUCAGGUGUGCAGAAACAGUCACUGCUUUUAAAUCACGUCUUAAAACUCAUUUUUAUAGACUUGCUUUUAUGUGAUUUUGUCUUCUUUAAAACCUUUUAUGCUUCUUAUUCAUGUUUUAUAAUAGUCCCCUUGGUCUCAGGUUUUUGUGGUUGGGUUCCUGUGUUGGCUGGGUAUCACGGGCCCUUUAUAAUGUCUUUGUUUUAAUGUCUUUAUUUUAAUGACCACUCAGCUCAUGUGACAUUCAUCAAAGCUUUUAUGUCUUCCACCAAUUUUUAUUUUAUUUUAUUUUAUUUCUUUAUUGCCAGUAAUGUGACAUUUCCCCCAAGUGUUCUCUUGUUGUUGUUCUAUUGUUUUUAUCGUCUUUGUUUUCCUGCAUGUUAAAACCCUAUGUUAAAAAAGUUAUUAUUAUUAUUAUUUUUACUAUUGAUAUUAUUAUCUUUGCACUAUUUUGGAUUAAUUCUGUGUCUUUAAAAUGUUUUUCAGCAAAUGAUGAAAUUCUGUUUUUAUCAUCAUUUUACACAGCAUGCCAUCUCAACUUUUCUGCCUUCGUCACUGUCAGCGAUUUUCUUUUAUCUGACUUCCCAUUACCCAACAUUCUUUCAAGUCACUUAAAAGUAUUUUAAAAAAGGAAGUACAUGCUGUUGUUGUUGAGUUUUUUCCAGACAUUUUAUAUUCCUGUGGACAGCUUGUACUAUUUUUUAGGGAGGUAUUAUUCUCCCAGGCGGGCACAGCUCAGGCUGGACUCUGGUUGGUGCUUUGAUGUGCAAAUUUCCAAGCAGGUGCACAAGGGUGCAUGUCUAUUGAACUGCAGAUGCUUUUGCUUUGUCAUUAAGGGUCAGGCUGCUCCAGAAACUUCUAUAAUUUGACAUUUUACUGGCUGCUUCAUGCCUCUUACUCAAGAAUAUAUUUAUUUAAACUGUUGUGUUUGUUCUGUCAUCUGUUUCUCACUCCAGCUGCCAGUUUCGAACUGAAAAUGGAGUCCAUGUUGAACAAGCUUAAAAGCACCGUUACUAAGGUGACGGCAGAUGUCACCAGUGCUGUUAUGGGCAACCCGGUGACGCGGGAGUUUGAGGUUGGACGACAUAUUGCCAGUGGGGGUCCCGGCUUGUGCUGGAGGAUCUACAAUGGCACUAAGAAGUCCACAAAACAGGUCUGAUAUAAUGAUCCCUCACUGCUCUCAUUCACAUAAAUCUGAUUAUAAGAGAUGAAUGGACGACUGUUAACACGGACUUGUCUUUGACCAAACAGGAAGUGGCCGUGUUUGUGUUUGAUAAGAAAGCGGCUGAUAAGUAUACAAAGUUUGAAAAGGACCAAAUCAUCGACUCUCUGAAACGAGGGGUGCAGCAGCUGACCAGACUGCGUCACCCACGUCUACUGACUGUGCAGCAUCCUCUUGAGGAGUCACGGUAAGGCAGUCACAUGCACACACACACACACACAAAAGCAUGUAUACCAAGGACUAAUUGAGUGAGUCACCGCUCAAUGAGGGGCUCGACUUUCAGGGAACAAACUCUGAUCUAUUUCUCUUUCUCUGUGUGCGUAAGUGAUUGAAAGCUUGUCAGGAUGAAAAGACUUUACAGACCCUCCCCUGUUUAAAAAAAAAAAAAAAGUUCCCUUAAGGGUAAACUAAGGUCAAGGCUGUUCCUGUGAUUACUUUUUAAUCUCUCUGUUUUCUUAACUUUAUCCUUUACUCCUUUUUCCCCUUGUUGCUGAUUGUCUCUCUCUGCUCAAAAAUAAUUCAUCUUAAAAAACAAGUUGCUUCAAAUUGCACUGAUUUUACUCCUGUUGUUUAUCCCCUCAGAGACUGCUUGGCAUUCUGCACAGAGCCAGUGUUUGCCAGUCUCGCCAAUGUGCUGGGCCAGUGGGAAAACUUGCCCAGCCCCCUACCAAACGACAUCAAGGAAUAUAAACUGUAUGAUGUGGAGACCAAAUAUGGCCUGCUACAGGUAGGAGUGCAGAAAAGCUCAGUUGAAUUACAUGUAACAGAAACUUAAGAUAAUUUUGGUACCAAUUUAUAUGACCUCAUCUCAUAUGAUAUAUAAUAAGCCAUAGCUUUAUAAGGCAUUAUUCCACAGACAUUGGGUGUUGGGACCUGUUGACCCCUUAAAAUGAUCAAGUGUUACUGUGAUGAUCAAGACCAUGGUGGUGUUCUGAGCUUAUUUGUGGCUAUAGAGUGGCAUUUUGGUUGAGGCUUGCACGUGGAGAUGUAGACCGCUGUGUAUUGCUAUUGUGCGGUCGUUACUAAAGUUGGUAUAACUCGAGAAGCAAGCAAAGCUGGUGGAAGAGGCACUUCUUUUUGAAGAGGGGUUCAUGUGGUCAUUGAAAAACAAGAAAAAGGUCCAAGGUGCUUUCCUAUGAACAGCUAAAAGCCUUUAUUUUCAUGGUAUGGUCAUGUAGACCUUCAAGUAAUCUGGUUUAAGAGACAGAUGAUAUCUUAUUGUAUAUAAUUUUAGUGACAAUCAAAUCAAUAAUUUUGAUAAAGCACCAGUUUUUCCUCUUGUACAUCCUCAACCUUUCCACACACCACCAUGACACAGUCUAACUCAUCUCGCAGGCUCCACUACUAUGAAGUCUAUUUCUGGAUGCCAGCUACACAUUUAUUCAAUAUGCCAGCUCAAUCCUGUCGAACCAGCUCAGUUUAAUGCGUCAUAUUUCAUUAUAAUAGGUUUAUAGUGUCAGUCAGCUUUGUCAACAACACGAAACUUCAUCAAACAAAUCUCAGAAAUUAUUUCACUAAGCCAUGGCAGAGGGAGCCUCUGUAACUCUCAAACAUGUUACUCUAUCUCCAUUUCCUAGAUCAGAAUAAUGCCAAGCUGUGCCUCGCUGCAAGAUGCAAGCUAUCAUCUGUGCUUGUUUGCAUCCGUAUACUCAAAUAUUAAAGCGUUACAGCAGUUACCAUUAACCGCAGCUCCAGCCCUGGCCAGUGGUGGUGGUUGUGCUACAGCUCAGACACGAUACAUGACUGACAUUUCAGGCCCAUAAUAAUACAUAUUUUCUUUAUUUCAACAGCUAAUUAAAAAUUCUGCUUUUGUCUGACAUUUUCAUUCUUUGUCUCUUCAGAUCUCGGAGGGUCUGUCCUUCCUGCACAGUGGGGUAAAAAUGGUCCACGGCAACUUGUGUCCAGAGAACAUCAUCCUGAACAAGAGUGGAGCCUGGAAGAUCAUGGGCUUCGACUUCAGCAUCUCAUCGACUAACCCUUCAGAUGCUGAGGUGUGUUGGGUGACCUUCGUUCCCUCAGUUCACAUUGCCUUCAAAGCGCACUAGAAAAACUUUAUCUAACAAGCUGACACGUCUUUAUGUUCUCAUCUCUUCAGCCUAAAUACUCAUGUAAGGAGUGGGAGCCCAACCUCCCUCCACUCUGCCUCCCUAACCCUGAGUACCUGGCCCCUGAGUACAUCCUGUCCGUCAGCUGUGACUCUGCCUCCGACAUGUACUCGCUGGGUGUGGUUAUACAUGCAGUGUUCAAUGAGGGAAAGCCUGUUUUCCAGGUUAACAAGCACGACAUAUUUAAGAGCUUCAGCAGGCAGCUGGACCAGGUGAGAGGAGGCGCUAUGGAUGACAUAAUGGGUCAUAGAGUAAUAACGAUUGCACUUUGUGGGUAAACUCAAAUUUUCAUGGACAUUUUUUUAUUCUACAGAAAAUAAAUGCUGCUAGAAAAUCUGAUAAUCUUAUUUUUCCUUAAGUUAGAGUUACUACCAUCAAUCAGAUUUUUCUACUUUUUUGCAUUGUUUCAUUCUUUCCACAUCUCUUAAUUUCAGCUGAGCACAAUGAGUCCAGCACUGUUGAACAAGAUCCCAGAGGAAGUACGGGAGCAUGUAAAAAUGCUGCUCAGCGUCACACCCAACGUGCGACCAGAUGCAGACCAAAUGACCAAGGUUUGCAUUGUUAAGAUAUGCACAAAGAAGACGUGAACUAUCACAGGAUGUGUGGCUGAUUUUUCUUCUUUUUUUGUGUGUUUUGUGUGUAAAAUACAGAUUCCAUUUUUUGAUGACGUGGGUGCUGUGACCCUGCAGUACUUUGACUCCCUUUUCCAGAGGGAUAACCUCCAGAAGUCCCAGUUCUACAAAGGCCUCCCUAAAGUGCUGCCUAAAUUACCUAAGGUAAUUCAGAGUACUUUUUAGAUUGAAUCUGCAGGGUAUUUCAGGUUGAAGCGCAAACUAAGAAGGUUAAAUAGCAGAGUAAGGGCCUGUGUCCACUACAGGCGUUUUUUGACAUCAGUUUCACAGUUUCAGAGCACUUCUCAGUUACUAAAGUCGACUCACAGCACUUAAACUUGAAUCUGAUUGACUUUGCUCUGUGUGUUCAGUAUUUGCUUUAAUUAAGGGAGAAUUUUAAAAACAUAAAGACUAUAUAAGGACUUGCAUCCUAGUCCCGCCCCUUUUUGAUGUGAAAGUCCCACUCCGAUCAUUUCUUUUUACUACUGUAAGUGUUCUCAAUGGUCUUUAAAUUGUGAUGAUGAAAUUUUUAGCCAAAAUCACGUUACCUGUGUCAUUUUCAAGAGCUAUUUCUUCUGCAGAGCUCCUGUAGAUCAUUAGCGAGACAGUGCUGCUCUGCUCACUCGUCUUCACGUUAGCUUGCAGCCUAACAUUGCCGAUGCAGUAGAAGUGGCAGGUAACAUAGAAGCUAUUCAGCUCUCGGACACUAAUGUCUAUAGGGACACAAUAAAAACUAAUAUAAUUAGCUUUCUUUCAAGCAUUGCAAUAGAAGAAAUACUCAGAAAAGCAAUUUCACAUUUAGUUUUCUCAUGAUAUGUCCUGUAGCAUCAGAAAAAUGCCAUAUGAACAUAUAAAAAACAAGAAAAACAUGAUUUUUAUCAUAGUGGGUCUUUAAUUGGUUGGAGAAUAAUUCAGUGGCAGUGCCUCCAAGUGAAACCAUAACAAGCGAACAGCUUUAAACCGCACUCUUUUGAAUCCUCUGGACCACAUUUGUUUUUUCGUCCCUCCAGAGAGUGGUGGUGUAUCGAAUCUUGCCCGCACUGACCUCCGAGUUCGUCAACCCCGACAUGGUUCCCUUCGUGUUGCCCAACGUGCUGCUGAUCGCUGAGGAGUGCACCAAAGAGGAGUACAUUCGCCUGAUCUUGCCUGACCUCACGCCUGUUUUCAAGCAGCAGGAGCCUAUUCAGGUAGAAACACAAACCUCCCCCAACGCUGUCUGUAUUCACCGCAGUCGUAGCUUGUCUGUAAGAGCUAGCAAACUCUCUGCCUUUCAUAAUACAUUAAAAUGAGAUUUUGAGCUUUGCAUGAGUUCUUCUGUAUGGCGAUGGUAAAGUUCAGACUUUGACGUGAGAUUAAUCAGUGAAAUUAACUGACUAAGGAGCAUGCUCUGUUUGGGAUGUCCCUUUAUUGAGACUUGUCUUUUUCUGUAUUUUUCUUUCAUGCUUUCUCAGGCUAGUAAUAUGGUGAGUGGUCUCUGCUGUGAAUGUGCUUACUUUACAUCAGCUACCUUGUGUAUUGUGUUGUCUGUUUUACUAAAAGGUCGACUAAAGCCACUGUAGGCGACAUUCACCCCAUUUUCUAACUCUACUCACUUAUCCACCUGUAGCAGAUAAUGUUGACUUGUCUAGUUUGACUCUGGGUCUCUGUGCUGUGCAGAUCCUGCUGAUAUUCCUGCAGAAGAUGGACCUGCUGCUGACCAAGACACCAGCAGAGGACAUUAAGAACUGUGUUCUCCCCAUGGUCUACAGAGCUCUGGAGGCCCCCUCUGUACAGAUCCAGGUACAUUUUUCCUCUCAGUUUCACUCCGAGUUCUAUUUUCAGUCCUGCCUUGAAGGAUGAACGCACUUGGCAACAUCCAAAUGCCAGAUUUUUUUUUGACAUCUUAUCUGUGGCUGAGCAGGAGCUGUGUCUGAACAUCAUCCCGACGUUCGCCAACCUGAUCGACUACCCGUCCAUGAAGAACUCCCUCAUCCCUCGAAUCAAAUCAGCCUGCUUACAGACCUCAUCACUAGCUGUAAGUCUCAAUCAUUUGCUUCUCUCAGCCUCCACUCUGUACGUAAUCUUCCCAUGCAUACAUAACACACAAAAUAGUUUUCAGGCAUUCCUAUUUUCGCCCAUGUCCACCCCUUACACUGAUUUUCUUGUUACCUUCACAACAACUUAUCGAGAUACACUCUGGAAAAUACCCCCUCUUUGAAACUGUUGAUGUAUUUGAUCCUUUUCUUUGUAUUUACCCUCCUUUUUUCUCUCCGUAGGUACGAGUGAACUCUCUGGUGUGUUUGGGGAAGAUUUUGGAGUAUUUAGACAAGUGGUAUGUGAUCGAUGAGAUCCUGCCCUUCUUGCAACAGAUCCCCUCUAGAGAACCAGCAGUUCUUAUGGGAGUUUUAGGUACGGACAAAGUCCUGUCUCUUUACCUGUUAAUACUCGAGGCCUUUUUAAGCUUUAAUGCUUGAAAAUUUCAUACCAGGGCUUGACACUAACUUUUUUCACUAAGAGCACAUGGGCUCCUAAGUUGAAUAAGUAAGGAGCACACAAAGAACUUUAGGGGCACAAUGAAAAUUGAUCAAAUCAUGUGUAUCUUAUUGGUCGACAUAAGUACUAUUAUUUGAAAUCAAUUUUAGGUCUUUUGGUAAUAUGACAUUGAAGCUAUUGAAGAAAAUGUUCAAAAUUUAUCUUUAAAUUUAACACAAAAAAUUUAUGAGGACAAAUUAGGGAAAUAAAGAGGUGUGUCUUAUUGUCGGACCUUAGUACUAUCAUUUGAAAUCAAUUUUAGGUCAAUUGGUCACAUGAAGCUAUUGAGGAAAAACAGCCUUUUUUGAGAACAUCAACCGGUAAUUUAUUGAUGGUCCCUUAUUCAACACCCAACGUUAACAGUGAGGGUGCCGAGUAGAUUUAACCGCGCUGCUCUUGCUAUUCCAUGAAAAGUCCAUCGGACAUCCAACCUAAAACUAACUAGCGGUAUUCACAUGAAAAAACAUUUGUUGCCUCGGCUGAUUUUUUUUUUUGUUUAUGCACAUGUGCCCUUAAAUACAUUUUAAAAUUCACACACAUCUGUUUUUAGUUGCAAAUGCGAGUGAAAUGCUUGCACUGUCAAGCCCUGCAUACCCGUAAUAAAAUGGUUAUAACUAUGUAACCACAAGGUCCAUUUGAAUAAUGUUGGUAUCACAGUACAGGGAAGAUUUGUGAGAUUUGCUAAGAUGUGUUAAUAUGAGUAUAUGAGGUGUCAAAGUCCCCCAACUUUGGGACUACAAAGGUCAAGAGUGAGGUCAAAACAUUUUAGCGGCCUCUCAGUUUACUUUGGCCAGCCUCACACUUGAGGAUUUUAAACCAGAUUUAGGGCACUUUUUGCCACCCUGUGCACAUUGUUGGGGGUUGUGCCCUGAUUUGGAGGUUAAUACAAUUAUCCUUUUUUUCUCUGAAGGAAUCUACAAGUGCACCUUUAGUCAUAAGAAGUUGGGCAUUCCCAAAGAGCACCUGGCCACCAAGAGCCUUCCCCACCUUGUCUCUCUUAGUAUAGACAACAACCUCAACCUAAACCAGGUACUAUUAACUCAACUCAACCCUAUUUAACACAAUACCUGUUAUGAUUUGAAGUUUCCCUGUAUGCUACCCUCACUUAUUUCUCCUCUUGUUUCAGUUUAACUCAUUCAUGGCGGUUAUACGAGACAUGCUGAGUCGUAUGGAAGCAGAACAUAAAACCAAACUGGAGCAGCUGCACGUCAUGCAGGAACAACAGCGGUAUCCAUCACAAUUAAAUUCACCCUUUGUUACAGCCGUCUUUUUAUUCUCUCUAAUUAAAUAUGAAAUAUUUAUGAAUAUAAACAAGUAUUUAAAACCAUCAGCUGACACGAGCCCCAUGAAUAUGGUAAUUGUAUGUGUUUAAAUUUCAUGCAGUCUGAUUGUGUUAAAUUCUGCAUCUCUCACCAGGAGUAUAAACAUCUCAAACCCAGGACAACAAUCAGAGGAGACAAAGAGCCCACCUAACACUGGAGCCCAGGUCUGAGGCGAACAAACAUACCAGCAAACAUGACUGCACACCAGUUUUGUGCCGCCGUGGUCUCAUUAGGUUUUGUCUUGUUUUCAGAUUGAUGAUAUCUUUGGCAGCACUGGGGUUAAUGGGAAGGAGAAUGGAGCGGCGACAUCAGCCCCGCAGCCUAAUCGAGUAUGGAAACUACUACACCUGAUUUACACAAUCCUGCACCUUUGUCUGUAGAGAAUGCAGUCUGAUUUGCUCACGGUCUCGCCCUCUUUUUCUCUUCCUCAUAGAUGUCGCUGACUCUAGAGGAGAAACAGCGAUUGGCUAAGGAGCAGGAGCAGGCCGCCAAGCUGAGGAGCCAGCAGCCUUUAGCACCGCAGACCAUCAAACCAGCCAACACGAACAACUCACAGGUAACACCUGAAGACAUCUGUGAAUACAAACGUACACACAAAUGUGGCACUCCAUUGUAAAUCCUAUAAAAUCACUAUUUUCUCAUAAAGAAGCUUGAAUUUACUGCACAUUUCUUCAUUUUUUCCCCUUCUGUUAUGUCCUUUGCUCUUCACAUGUUUAUUUAAUUUUGCAGACCAAGGACCUGACGAGCAGCCUUCUCAACAACAUGACGUCUCUAAACAGCCUGUCACUGGCCAACAAUGCACGACCAGCCCCGAUUCAGGGCACCACCAUCAAUGCCUUCCCCUCCCCCAGCCCUGUGAUGGGCACAAUGGGCGCCCCAGUCUCCAAUGGCUUCAACCCCACCAUGGGCUUCCAGACUGGGGGCAUGGGGAUGGGCAUGCGACCCGCAGGCCCUAACCUCUAUGGCGGCAUGGCCACCACCACCAGCACCCCAAACUUUGGAGCCCUCGCGCAGAAUCAAGGACCCAUGGGGCAGACAAACAGAGCUCCCGACAUGUCAGCCUUGGACAAUCUUUUUACACCCAGCCAGCCCAAAGUCACCCUAAACCAGAUGGGUCCAAAGCCGACCGCCGGCACCAACACUCCUUGGCUUAAUCAGUAUGGUUCAGCCCAGAACGCUCAGACUCAGAUGCAGGGGGCACCAGUUGCCAUGGGAGGGAUGCCUGGUGGGUUUGGGAUGCAAGCAAACCCUUUUUUCAGCCCGCAGAACUUUUCUCAACCUGCUGCCGCUCCUAGUGCGAACCAAAGUGGAAUCAAACAUAGUGCAUCCGUCAACAAUGAUCUGAAAGACUUAUUCGGCUAAAUGUGAAAUGAUCAGAGAUGCCAGGUCAAGUAUAUUCUUAUAAACUUUUCAAACAGGAGAGCCUUGGAUUCUGAUACAACUACUCACUGAUUGAAUGUGAAGAUUUGAAAACCUUUCAAGGUUGUUGCCGUCUGUUUUUUUUUUUUUUUUUUUUUUUUUAAUCUGACCUGGUUGAAAAUCAGACUCUCUCUUACAUUCAGCUGGAAAACUUGCGGCACCUGAAUUCUGCUUCUACUUGACCAGAUGGACGAAAGUUUGGGGCGGGAGCUUUGUCUUCUUCUAUGCUGUGUUCUUUAAAUGCUGGGGGUUUCCUACUGUUUUGUACUUGACAUUCUUGGAAGUUCAAAGACUGGGGUUGAAAUGAAUCCCAAAACCGAUCACUUCUGGAGGUUUGGUGUUUAGAUAAUGAAUGAUUGAGCGGAUGGAGUUUCAAAUGUAUUUCAUUAUAAUCCUGCCUUGAUUUGGCAGAUAAAGCUGCGUUUCUACCAAACGGUUCGGUACAUUUUGGGUCAACACAGUAUGUCGUUAUGUUAGCUUCCAUAGUCAAAAGUUGGGAAAAGGACCCAAAUAAGAGAUCAGUUCCAUCCUGCUUUUUGGCACUCAUCUAUCAGGGUACCUACAUGACCCUCAAGGGUGGAGCUUGACACUUGGUGAUUAUUCUUUGGGUGUCAUAGCAUGUUGGUCUGAUCAGGAAACAAUCUUCUUUAUAAAUGGGUGUCCAGCUUCGACACAGACACCAUCUUAGCAGUGAGAGGUUCAACAUAAGCUUAAACAAAGAGCCGUGCAGGUCACCUUGUCCUGGACACGGUAUCAAAAUAAAAGUGGUGUGAAAACAAGGGAAGUGUAUUCACGAAAGAGAACAGACCGGGUUUUUGCUGUAAAAGCAUCCUAGCUGUGAUUUGUCUGCAGCUCACAGAAAGAUAGAUGAGUCAUGAAGUGCUCGGGCACAUAACACUGUAGGGAUGCAGGUAAGAUCAGGGUUUUCCAUGCCAGCUAGCACCAAAAUGUACCAAACCAAGUCUGGGCCGCUUUGUAUAAACGCACCAAAAAGUGGCCUCACGCCUGCUUCAUUUCAGGAAAUCCACCUUUCAUUUUUAUUACUGAUUUUCAGCUGUUUGAGAGUGUUCAGGCUGGAAAAAAAACAGCAAAUCCAGGAUCCUCUGUGGAGAAACCAUUGGGGAAGGGAAAAUGAUCAGCCUCACAGCUGUUCAAUGUCUGUUUUUAUUGCAACUAUUUCAUGACAGCCACAGAAACCUCCAUUUUAAAGACACAAGUCAAAUUCUGCACCCCCCUCCCACUCUUUUCUUUCACUUUUUUAUUAUGGUCAAAAAGAAAAGGAUCAGCUUUGUCCUGUCCAAGCUUGCUGGCAACCAACUCAUCUCAUUUCAGCGUGAAUGACUUAUCUUGAGCUGAAUGCGUGGAGGAGCUUUUACAGCCAAACAAAUGCUAACAUGAAUGAAAAAAGGACCAUUUGCGCUGUUUAGGCUAAUGUGCCUUAGAUGGGUCCAUGGGUAAAACUGGACAGACAGCACUCAUCUGUUACCCAAGUAUUAAGAAUCGACACUUUCAUUAGCUGUCUGGUCUGCGUACUUGCUUUGUCCUGUGUUGCUGAAAUUGAUCACGUAAGAUCUAAACUUGAAGUCUCGUUUUCUGCUCGUAUUAAUGAUUCCAUAUGAUUCAAGUGACCAAUCACAGUUCAUUUCACACUCUCCGCUUCAUUUUACUCUGACCAGGUUUUUCUAAACGAUGGAAAGAUGCUCCUCUGCACCAUUUCUGUGGAUCAAUUUGUACAAUGAAGAAAAUUUUCACUCUAUAUUUUGAUUUCAGCACUCUCCAACGUCAGAGAGAGCCUGUGCUGGAACAUAUUAUGAUGAAGUGUAAAUAUAUAGUUAUUUAAUAAUGGAUUACUCUGUAAGGGCCGUGAGAUUUUGAUGUCCUUGUGAUAACAGUGAAAGAGGCCUUAGAUGAGUUAUGUGCAAUAAUCCUUAACAGUUAUAGAAAGGAUGCACAUCAUUGCGUCCUUACUUUCAUGUCCACUGAUCGACAAUGACUGGGGUCUGUCUGAGUUUCUUAACAUUGAUGUGUACUCAUUUUAAAGCUUACAUUUAUGAAGGCACCAUUUUGGCGUUUUAGCUGCACCUUGGCCGUUAUGUGUUUCUGCAGACUGUAAUUGUGAACAUAAUGAAGUGUAACUCACAACGGAGUAUAAAGGCCUCAUUAAGGGAGAAAAAAAAUCACAUUUAAUAGAAUAAAGUUGUUAGUUAAGAGGAAUAAUGUUACGUCACGAGAAUGGUGUUGAUACUUAAAGAGAGUAGAGUUAUGACGUUGGAGACGGUUACACUGCGAGAAUAAAGUUACUAAACUCACAACAAUAUGACUCUAUUCUCGUGACUUAAUGACUUUUUUCUUGUCGCAUAACUUUAUUCUCAUAUGUGGUUUUUUAAUCUUAGAAAUUGUAAUUUUUCCCCCUCAGUGUGGCUCGGAUACUCUGUGAAGGUAACAUCUUUUCUUGGGUCAUCAUCCUUUCUUUCACCUGGACGGCGUGAGCUCCUCCAAGGCCCAUGACAGUGUUACCUGCUUGUGAAUUACACUUGUUAGGUUGUGUUCAUUUCCAAAUUCUGCCACAAAAGAAAACUCCAAGCGUUCCUGAAAUUUCGUUAAAUUUCGUAUAUUGAAGAUUUGAUUUGGUCACAGAUUUGGUUUCAUUUUUGGAUAGUACGUCUCAUAUCCAGGUCGAACCCCAAAGCAGAGGACUAAAGCUUAUUCUUCUACAAGGUUGUUUGUAUACCGCGACUGUCCUAUAUGUGUAGUGUGGCCCUUGUUUUAUGUGUGAAAGUUCUGGUCUCUGAGGUGGUUCGAUUAAAAUCUGUACAUAUAAAAAAGUACACAAUCUA